ACUCUGGUGCCUUGGGUCCGGCACCUGAAGAAGCCCAUCUCCUCGGUGCAGCUGCGGGGACGUUAAUGGCUGCAGAAGUUAAAUUCAGGGAAAGGGGCACGGAUCUCAUCACUGAACCCUGCCAUCGCAUGGGAAGAAAGAACAUGUGAGACUAAAUUCAUACUAGCAUAUCCAUCUUUGACCAAGAGUUUCCUAAGUGCCGUGCGAAGACACAUUGCAAACUGCCAUUGACCUGUGAAAGCCGCUAGAAAACUUGCCAUCUAUCUGAGAUAUGCUAAGGAAGAGUGAGCUGCUGAGGGGUGGAGCUUCCAAGCUAGACCAGCUCAGCUCUGGGGCAGAAUUCCCAUUGCUACAUAGUUAGAGACUACAGCCCAAGAAGAUUGCUAGACUGUGCCUGUAACUCUGAAACCCCAGGCCAGGCAGAGGUCAGUGGGAAACUUCUGUGUUUAGCAAAGUAUCCCCUGCUGAAACAACAGUUGACUCCUGGAGGCAGCGCUCUCUCCAAGUCACUUGAAAGUUAGAAGUGAUGUAAAGAAAUUAACCACAAUCGGGAGACACAGCAAAUGCAGUUACCGGCAUAUUUGUGUAGGGCAGCAGCUCUGAGGCCCCUCGGGCCCAGCAACACUCCUGACAGUAGCAACAACAGAGAGCCAACGGAGAGAUGUGCUGAGGAGUUGGCACAGGAGCCGGCAGAAGGAAAGGAUGUCUUGCAACUGCCCGAGAGCUGCCACUGGAGAAGUGCAAGGGGGCGCUGCGGUGGGAGCCAUCUUGAGAAGGUCCCAGCAAGCGGCUGCUGAGAAAAGAAAAGGCUGUCCGUCCGUCCGUCCCCCAGCUUGCUUCUUUCUAAGGAGCUCAAAGUCCAAGAAGAGCGUGUCCUUCUCAUCCGGGCUACUGAAAGAAGAGAAAAUGGCAAUACUAUCUCCUGAGAUCAAAUUUGAGGCUUCCAAAGUCAGUAGACAUUCCUUGGACAACUGCUUUCUGUUUGAGAGUAGUUGGAGGAAAGCACUUUUGGAAACCCAGAAGAUGAGGAAAGCAUUUGGUCUAGAAGAGCCCAAAGAAUGUCUCAAAAUGCCGUAUUUGCCAGAAUUGCCAAGUUGCCCAAAGAACUUAAAUUCAACUACACUUGAGAUUCAUAAGCACCUUCUGCACGCUGAGACGGAGAUCCCUCCUAUCAGGAUUAAGAAGACCAAAGAGCCGUGCAGUGUGCCAGCACUUCAGGAGAAGUCAAAAGGUUCUGUCUUCAGUGACCCUUUCACAGGAGCACCCUCUCAGUUUCUACAGAGACUUUCCAGAAUGGCCAUAUUGGAAUAUGACACCAUUCGCCAGGAAACACACAAGAAGGCAAAGCGAGGCAAGAAGCGAGAUCUCCGAGACUGCUGACAGGUCUCCCCGGGGCUGUGGCUCACAUUUGCCAUGUUUCUUUUUCUUUCUUUCAUUCUUUUUUGAUAUGUGAUAUAAU